GCCUAGCAGGACAUACUGCACCUCUCGCCUCCACUGAAUACGUGUCACCUCCUCACCCACUACCUACUCAGUUUUCUACCAUUGUGGACUGCAGAACAUGUGGCAUAAAAUAUCAUGCUAAUGUAAAAGUGACUUUACUGAUGACCAGUAUAUUGACAUCACCCAAGCCACAGCACCACCUACCCUUACCGUACCUUGCCCUCUACUUUCCGUGCAGCAGGCUCUAUUGCUGGUCGAAUAUUAUUUUAUCUUUUUAUAAAUACGACUAUAAAAAUUUUAGCAGAUUCUUAGUGAAGAACAAUUACCAAUAUUUCAUUGUUUUUGUUUGUAAUACAGUACUGUAAUUAUCUUCAUAGUGCCCAGCCAUCUGUUUUUAGUUGAAAGACGAUCCCUAAGUAAUAUAUUACACGGUAUCAAUUUGGUGUUUACAAUAUCUUGGAGCUUAUUCAGUUUACAAUACAGUACUGUAAUUUGUGACUGAUUUAUUCCUACCUCUUAUUAUAGUGCAUUUGCAUCCACAACUCACUGUUGUUGGCUCAUUUUUAAGUCGUAAGAAUUUACUUAAACCUCACUGGUUUUAUAAAGUGACUUCCAUCAUCCCACACUCUUAGUUAUUUCUACUGUCACAUCUCUCGGUUGUUCAUCAAUAAUUCAUCCCCCAAUCUAGUCCAUAUUGCACAAUUGUGUCUUCCUGAAAGCGCACAAACAGAAUGGCAGGUCUCAGUGUGCGCAUCAGGUUUGGCUAUGGUGUUGGCCAUGUCCUCAAUGAUCUCUGCUCUGCCAUGUGGUUCACAUACCUACUCAUCUACUUCCACCAUGUACUUCUUUUCAACAACACACUAUCAGGACUUGUUCUCCUAAUUGGUCAGGUAGCUGAUGCACUAUCCACACCAUUUGUUGGUCGUGAAGCUGACCGUACUGAUGAUUUGGCUUUCUGCACCCGCUAUGGUCGCAGAAAAACCUGGCAUCUACUUGGUACAUUUUGUGUAGUGAUUGCCUUCCCUUUCAUCUUCCUUGGAUGCUUUGGGUGCUUUUAUGCCGAUGACUGGGCUCAGGUAAUCUACUACACCCCAUUCGUCAUAAUCUUCCAGUUUGGUUGGGCAUCUACACAAAUCAGCCAUCUAGCUCUUAUUCCCACUAUAACUCAAGAUCCAAAUGACCGUACAGAGCUUAAUGCUAUCAGGUAUGGAUUUACUGUUGUGUCCAACAUAACGGUUUAUGUCGUGACAUGGAUGGUGCUGGGGUUAAGUACCUCUACUCCUGAGACUGGUCUUCAGCCUGAUGAUGCCAUCAAGUUUAGAUAUAUUGUUUUAAUUGUGCUGUCUAUUGGUGUGGUAUUUACAAUUAUAUUCCAUACAUUGGUCAAAGAAGACAACACUCCACAGUAUAAUAAAUUAUCACCUGAUACUGAUGGGGACAAGGCUAAUGAUCCAGAUGAUUCCCAGACUGGUGACAGUACCUCCAGUUAUCAAAAUAAUCUACCAACUGUGUCAGUGUGUGCUCCAAGACAUUUUCGCAUGACUUCUAUUGAUUGGCUCAAAAAUAUUCAGUUUUACCAGGUAGCCUUGCUCUACAUGGCAACUCGACUCUUCUGCAACCUUUCACAAGCCUAUGUCCCCAUAUAUAUCCAAGAUUCUCUUCAUUUGCCACAAGAAUCUGUUGCAUACAUUCCACUGGUUAUGUAUGUUGCUGGCUUCCUCACAACCAUGUGCAUGAAGAGUCUCAACAAAUACAUUGGCAGGAAGGCAUCCUUCCUUAUUGGGUGCAUUAUAGGGGAAGCUGCCUGCAUAGCUGUGUGGUUUGGUUCAGGUGAUCUCUAUAAAGAUUACCUCUUGUAUGGAGUAGCAUCACUUCUGGGAGCUGGAGGCUCUAUCCUGCUUGUGACAUCACUCUCCUUCACUGCUGAUCUAAUUGGGCCCAAUGUAGAAUCAGGGGCUUUUGUAUAUGGUGCUAUGAGCUUCACAGAUAAACUAUCCAAUGGUGUGGCUGUCAUGCUCAUACAAAAUCUAAAUCCCUGCAAAAGAACGCCUUUUCGCACUUGUUGCCCUUUGUGUGAAGGAUACUACCGUAAUGUGUUGUCUUACUGCUGUGGAGGAGCAGUUGUGCUGGCUGUGUUGGCUCUUGUCACUCUGCUACCGGUUAACAUUGGUGAUCGUAGCAAAGGUAAUGAAUCUGCAGAACACACAGAUGCUGAAGUGGGACCUGAAGUGAGCACACCAGCUUGUACAAACUCCACAAUGAGCACUGUAGCAUGUGUAGGCCCAGCAAUAAGCACAAUGUCAGCUGCGGGUGUCGGGCCUGGAAUGGGCGUCUGUGGUGGUGACAGUACAGGGAGACUAUCCAACAGUGCAAGUGAUAGGGACCAUCCAGGGUCAGAAGAGUAUUCGGCAGUCCCACAAGGUCUACGGAUUCGGGUCACCUCUUCAUCCUCUGAUAGUGAAGACGGUGUUGGGGAGGAGUCAUAUGCAUAAUUAUAAGAUCCAGACAACCUUGGUCAGACAAGGCAGAUUUACAAAAUGUUGUAAUGAGUACAGUUCAAUUAUGCCUUAAAUUUUCCUUUUUUAAAUAUAUAUAUUUAUAUAUUUUGGGUCAUGUCUUUCUCUUACAGGAAAUAUUGAAACCUUCCUGUUAGUUGACACUCGAGUACAUUGUGUUGUUUGAAAAUUUGGCUUUUACUGUGUAAAUAUUCACUUUUGUACUUUUUGUAAUUUUAGAUUAGAAGAGAGACCUGAUUGAGGUAUUGUAUCUGUGAAGUGAUGACCUGUGUUUGUACAGUACUGUACACACUUAAUAAUCCAUAAAAAGUUUUGAUACAUUGUAUUCAGGCUGUGAGAUUGUUUUCCACAUAGUAUUGGUUGGUGUUCAGUACAGUACAGUCAUACAAAAGGAAUUUGUUGAACACAUUGUAUUUUUAUUGUUCAUAAUACAGUGAUAUCCCCGUUAGCCGGAACAAUUGGUGCGGAGCACUUCCGCGAAUGAGAGAUUUCCGGGUAAUGAGACGACUCUCUCAAACCCGGAAAAAACUCCCCCGUCCCCGGAA